UGGUUGGGCGACGGGAGAGAAACCGUCUCUCAAGUAAGUCCAUUGUGAACAUAUUCGACGUUUACGCGAGAACGAAUCUGGCCGGAACACGCGCCAGAAAAUGCAAGUUAUCGGGUCGUCGCGUUAAGAAAAGUGAGUGUCCGUUCGUCCCGCGAUACACGUGGGCCUUCCGGCAAAAAAAAAAAAGAAAGAGAAAGAAAAUUAUUCUGGUCGAUCGCGUAGCUCGUUAGAUGAGCGAUUGAUUUUUGGUGUCGCGCAAACGAAUUUCCGUGAGAAAACGUACAUCUCGACGUGUACGAAUUUCGCGAUUCGCUAGUAGUUGUGUGACGGCGGCAUUAAGUAAGAUUUAAUGCUAGAGGGAGAGAGAAAGAGAGGAGAGAGGGAGGAAAUCUGGUGCGCGAAUGUGUGUAUGCAGCAAGCUGCGACAGGAAAGAAAGAGAGAGAGUGAGGACACGCACGAGAGAGAGAGAGAGAGAGAGAGAGAGAGAGAAAUGGGAGCGAAAAGAAGGCGCCAUCAACGUUCGCUUUUACGAAUUGUCGGAGCGAAGGGGGCAGAUGCGGGAGCGCGCGCAUUAUUUAUGCCGGUUACUCUCUCUCCUCGGGCUGUUCUCUCUCGAACGCAUUCCGCGACUAUGUCGGGCGAUUUGGCGUUUACCCGGGUAAACGCCCCCCCUCGGUGUCGUCUCGGGCGCGCGCGAUACCGCCGAUUUAACGCGUUUCGAAGUUCCCCCGCGUGGGAACUUCGACACACGCGAAACUGUGUGGCGUCGCGUCCACGCAGUUGAGAGGAAAAAAAAAAGUGAAAAAUGUGUUGUCUCCCUCUACUAGGGAUAGAUAUCCAUAGAAGAGAUAAAAGUAGAGCAUGUCGCGCCGCGAGUGACCGCGAUAUCAGGCGAUGUGUCCCGGUUUUCGCCGUAACGGGCAAACGGGAAACGCGCGAUGCCCGUCGCGAGGAUGACGUUGUUCUCCAUUCGCGCGUGAAUCGCGUUUGCCGAGUCGUAAAUCGGCUAAAUGUCGAUUCUAAAUUGGGCGCGCGCGGCGCGCUACACCCGCCGUGACGCGAGUGUCGCCGACGCAGCUCGUUACCUCGCCCGAGGAGGACGCGUUUUCGGCGCGAGUACGCGAUCGACCGCGCGAUUGCGACACCAUCGGUCCGUUCCUCCUCGAGGCCGUUGACGAUCCCUCGCGCGCGCGCUCGCACGAUAAUAACGGGUUCCUCGGAAACCCAUCUGUUCCGGAGUUCCAUUCCGCGCGCGGAAUUCCGUUCGCGGCACGCAUGGAUCUCUGGACGUGCGGUGAGUGGCCGAUGGCCAGUCGGAUUCUAAGGACGAGUGCUUCUGGUACUUCCUCCUGGUUUUUUGCUGCGGCUGGCGAAUUAUCCUUAUGGUUGCAGUAUUGUCUACGGAGGAUUAACAUUAUUGAUACCUGCACCAUGCUCUAUGUCUGGAUUAAUUAGAUAUUCUUCACUGUACCUUUGGUCUUCCAUCUUGCAUUUUUAUCAUAAGAAAUGUCGUCUCGAGAUUAUGACAGAAGAAGAGGUGGCAAUGGCGGUGGCAGCAGUUCAAGCAGGCUACGAAUGGACACGAGCGUGUCGCAACCCAGACCACACGGUGAGAGUUCCAGCAAACGAAAAGAGAUAGACAAUGUGAUGAGGAAAGCUCGCGAAUCGCAAUCAAGCUAUUGGAAUAAGAAGCUGCUGGAAGCAGAAGAACGAGAUCCGAAUAGAUGGCGUCACAGCGGAUACAAAGAGUUAUACGUUGGUGGUACUGGUGGCAGCGGCGAACCCAGCAGAGGACAUCCCAGAAGCCCGAGAAGUCCCCGACCACGCAGUCCUCAUAGUCCGCGUCCGCGUAGUCCUCGAGCGAGGAGUCCACGAUCACCACGCGAACGUUCUUCCCGCGAACACAAUAGAGGUAGACAACCGACCGCUCGUAGUCCCAGCACAGGCAGCACGUGCUCCGAUAGAUCGUGUUCUGUUUGUUCACCGAAAGAACGACGACGUGUUGCGCCGCCGUCCCGCUCGCGUUCUCGAUCGAUCACACCGGUACGAGCCAGAACGCAUCCUAAAGAAGUCGCUUCCAGUUCGCGAGCUUUACCGCCACGUGCCAGACCGCGAUCGCCGCCGCUACCGCGUCCGCGUACUCCACCGCCGGCACCGCAGCCACCGCCGCGUCAUCAGAAGGAUUACAAGAUUCUCAAGGAGAAAGAAGCCAAGAUUCGUCGUAAAGAGAAACAUCAUAGCAGAUUGCCGGAGGAUCCACGAGUACCAGAUCCCAUCCCAUUGAUGCGUAAAGCAGUUAAAGUGGAAAAAACACAUACGAGUCAUGGAGCACCACAAAUGAUGCGACCUCCGCCGGAAUCUUCGCCCAGUGACGAUAGCGAUAGUUCCUCCACUACAUCUCAUGUUGGGCCGCCAAGAAUGACAUUAUCUGAACGAUUUGGUAAAAUGGCACAGUGGAGCGUGGAUCGUAGGGACAUGGAAAAUAUGCGCAUCACGAAAGACGGCGAAAACGCGAUGAAGGUCGUUAUAGAAGGUGAGGAGAGAAUCGCGCGUCUAGGAUACGAUUCACCACCACCUGGGCAUUACCCUGAGUCGCUUCUGGCGCAAGGACCGAGAGGUUUCGAGGGUUGGGACGACGUGCGCGUCCGUUACGACUACUAUAAAGCUAGAGGUUACCUUCGCGAUCUCACUCUUGAUGAUUAUAUCAAGUGGGAAGAAUGGUGGUACAAGUAUCAAGAAUGGCUCGAGGCCGAACGCUUCUACGAGCAGUGGGCCUCGUCGUCAAAUCGUCCUUCUGGCAGUAGUCGCAAAAGACGCGGACGACGCAACAACGCUGCUCACUAAAAUAUAUAUGACGAGAGAAAUCUGUUAUGAAUUCUGCUGAGGAGAUAUAUCAUAAUAUCUGUAUACUUAUGAGUGUACAGAAAACCUGUAUGUAUAAGCGCUCUAUAUGUAUCGUAAUAAAAAGUAUAAAAAUGUGGAAAAAACAUUUAAUUUAGAACAAAAUAUAUUAAACGAUUUCAAAAAUUCUA